UCUGCAGAGCGAGGACAGGCGCAGACAGGGAGGUGAACACAGGCCAGGACAACAUUAAAUAAUACCACACACACACACAGGAGUACACAGGUGCACUGUGGAAACCCUGCACACACACACACACCCACACACACACACACCACACACCACACACACACACACACACACACACAGAUCAUGGCGCUGAUCCCCUCGCAGGUCCUCCGGAUCGCCAUCCUGCUGUCCUACUUCUCCAUCCUCUGCCACUACAAAGCCCUGGACAUGCCGGCGCACCAGACCUACGGAGGCAGCUGGAAGUUCCUCACCUUCAUCGACCUGGUGAUCCAGGCGGUGUUCUUCGGGCUGUGUGUCCUCAUCGACAUCUCCAGUCUGCUGACUAAAGGAGGCGACAGCAGGGAGCAGGAGAGGCAGCUCCGGAAGCUCAUCGGCCUCAGAGACUGGAUGAUGGCCGUCCUGGCCUUCCCUGUCGGAGCGUUCGUGGUGUUCACCUUCUGGUCUCUGUACCUGUACGACAGAGAGCUGGUUUACCCCCGCCUGCUGGACAACUUCAUCCCUCAGUGGCUCAACCACGGCAUGCACACCACCGUCCUGCCCUUCAUCAUCAUCGAGAUGCGGACCACCCGCCACAGAUACCCCAGCAGGUCGUGGGGUCUGGCCGCUGUGUGCUGCUUCGGCAUCGGAUACAUCCUCUGGACGUGUUGGGUGCAGCAGGUGACGGGGGUGUGGGUGUACCCGGUCCUUGAACGCAUCACUCCUCUGGCUCGGCUCCUCUUCUUCAGCGCGAUGACCGUCGUGAUCUGUGUUUUCUACACACUCGGAGAAAUCCUCAACACCUACAUCUGGGACCAGACACACACAGGAAAAGUGAAAGGUGAGUGAUCUCCUCCAGAGGACCAGUCUAACCCCACCCCCCUCUCCACCAGGGCAGCACAAGAACAGAAAACAAGCGACCUCUCCGGAAGUGGGAAAAAAACAAAACAUUUACCUUUGGACUGUAAGCGACAACAAGAAUACCAUAGAAGAAGAGCGAAAACUAAACAGCAGCUAAAUGUAAAUACAGAGAAGAAGGGAAAGAAGGCGUCUCUUGAUUUUACAUGAUUGUGUUUUAAGUGGCAAAAACAUCUGGACACACACACACACACACGGUACUUGUAAUCUGCUUUUCUGGUAUGAACUACUUUUAAUUCCUCAGCUUCUGUGAACCGACUGAAUAAUGUGUUAACUCUUCUUUGUUAUUAUUAUUGUUGUUCUUCUAAUAAGACACACUACGUACUGUAUGGGAGGAGCUUAAUGUUGGUACAAAAUCAAUAAAUCUUGAGUGGAAAACUU